AUGCUGACGCCGUUCGCUCUUCAAUUUGGACGGCCACCUUGUACGAUGUCUGCUUCAAAAACUGCUCUCAUCAUUGGCGCGACUGGGCAAACCGGUGGUUAUCUUCUCAAAGAAUUACUCGCAUCACCUCAUUUCAAGCGUGUACACGAAUACGGCCGAGGAGUAACUCAACUGGAGACGCUGUCCGAAGGAAAAGAGAAGCUGGAACAGAAAAUAAUCGACUUUGAAAAGCUGGAAGAAGAUGGGGCGUUGAAGGGAGGGAAAUGGGAUGUGGUAUUCAUUACGCUGGGCACCACGAGAGCAAAGGCUGGGAGUGCCGAGGCCUUUGAAAAGAUUGAUAGAGAAUAUGUUAUUCGCGCUGCCAGGGAAGCGAAGUCGAACGACCCGUCGCACCCACAACGACUCGUGUAUUGCUCUACAAACGGCGCGAAUUCCCAAUCCUCAUUCCUAUAUCCCCGUAGCAAGGGUCUCACGGAAGAAGGGUUAGCAGCCCUGGGUUACUCUGACACUAUCAUCUUCCGCCCCGGAUUUUUGGUUGGUACUGCACGACCAGAAUUGCGAAUCGGAGAAUACUUAGCUACCAAAGUAACGGGCGUUUUGUCAUACUUUUCCUCAAAGGUUGAAAUCAAGGUUGCAACGCUAGGCAAGGCGAUGUCUGUCGCGGGUUACCUUGGUACAGAAAGCCUUCCUCCGCAAGCAGGAGCCACGAAAAGUGGAAAAGAAGGGGCACAGUUCACGCUCAUUGGCAAUGUUGGGGCACUUGAGCUGGCCAAAAAUGUUUAG